AUGGAUACAGGUGCUGCGCAGCAGCAUCGCGGCCAAGCAGGCCAGGACUGGGAGCGUGGAGGAGGCUCAGAGUCCGCAGCCGCUCCGCCUAUCCCUGCCACUCUCCUGGAAGGAACUAGGGUAAAGGUCACAGGCCACCCACUGUCCCCGGACGGACGCCCCCCUCCCGCUCGUGCUCCACCGCAACUCACCGACGGUCACGGAGGGUCUGCUUGCGCCGUGGCUUCUGGCGUCUGUGGCGGCACCUGUUUGUCUCCGCCCCGGUGGCGGGAAGGUGGGCGGGACCGAGGGGAUGGCCCUGCAACAGUACUCAGGAGCCACUACCAACGGUCCCCGUGGGACCAGAGCCUUCUGCAUCCCGCCCACUCCUCUCCUUCGGCUUGUUCCCUCCAGGAACAAUCCAAGCAACUCCUGCAGGUGGGGACCGAGGAAAUCCCAGCUGGAAGAGAAGAAGAAAGGGAACGCACUGGCCGCCAGGCCCGGGACAGCCGGAAGGCCGCGAGGCCAGCUGGGCUCCUGGCUGCCACCGAGGGGCCAGCCCAGCUCCCAUCUGCUGCUCCUGGGGUUGCCUGGCAACUCGGGUGGCGCGCCGUUCGAACGGAAGCGAAGGGCCAAUCAGGAAGUCCGGGGCGAACCAUUUGCAGCGACGGGGACGGCUCGCUCACUUCCCUUUCCUCCGGGCUCUGGGGACCUUCGCCCCGGCAGGACGGUAGGACAGCUCAGGCCUCCCUUUCAGAAGAGCCCGCCCGUCUCAACACGCGACGGCCGCCUCAGAGCUUCUGGGGCCAAGCUCUCCAGCUGUCAGCCUCGGCAGCCCGCGAGAAGCGCGGGGGACCCUCCAGACACAGGCGGCAGCCUACACCUCCUGAGCCUACACCCCCUGAGCCUACACCUCCUGAGCCUACACCUCCUGAGCCUACACCUCCUGAGCCUACACCUCCUGAGCCUACACCCCCUGAGCCUACACCUCCUGAGCCUUUACCUCCUGAGCCUACACCUCCUGAGCCUACACCCCCUGAGCCUACACCUCCUGAGCCUACACCUCCUGAGCCUAUACCUCCUGAGCCUACACCCCCUGAGCUACACCUCCUGAGCCUACACCCCCUGAGCCUACACCUCCUGAACCUAUACCUCCUGAGCCUACACCCCUUGAGCCUACACCCCCUGAGCUACACCUCCUGA